ACAGCACAACCGACGACCCACCUACACUUCAAUUUCAAGAUACGCUUCCAAAUUUGCGAAAGGACAAAUUCUCGCAACAAAUUGUUUUAGAGAUAGCUAAACUAUGACAGUUUUAACUGGGUCUCACGACACAACGGUGUGAUUUGUAGCCUAAAAAGCCUGCUCCUGAAGCAGGACAUUUAGCUAUGGGGAAUACAUCAUCAAGGAGUUAUUUCCCAGGAAUCAAAAUGCAACCUGCAAAAACGACUCUGUUCAAACAGGAGCAAACUGGGACGACAUACAGAAUCCCAGCUCUCAUCUACCUAAAAGAGAGUCAGACAUUCCUCGCCUUUGCAGAAAAGCGCUCUUCCCCCAGUGACAGUGAUGCAAAAAGUAUUGUUAUGAGAAGAGGAACUCAACAAAAUGGAUCCACUCAGUGGUCAGAAUCCCUGGAGCUGUUAUCAGCAUGUUUACCACACCAUCGCACCAUGAACCCCUGCCCGGUUUAUGAAAAGAAUACCAAGACUAUAUUCCUCUUUUUCAUCUGCAUUUUGGGGAACACUACAGAGCACCAUCAGAUCUGUACAGGCAAGAAUAAGGCCCACCUGUGUUACAUCACCAGUAAUGAUGAGGGCCAGAGCUGGAGCCAGACAAUUGAUUUGACAGAGAGUGUGAUUGGCAAAACAGUCAGGAAGUGGGCUACAUUUGCUGUGGGACCAGGCCAUGGCAUUCAAAUGGAGAGUGGAAGAUUGAUCAUUCCUGCCUAUGCCUAUUAUAUCCAAUUCAAAUGCUUCUCCUUCCCUUUCCCCUUCACGGUACAGCCUCACGCUCUCUCAAUAUACAGUGACGACUUCGGUCAGACAUGGCAAAUGGGCAGGAUGCUUCAAGGAAAGUCCUGUGAAUGUGAGAUGGCAGAGAUCAUAGACCAUGAGGGCAGCAGUCACCUCUACUGCAACGCCCGCCAUAGAGGCCACAGAGUGGAAGCUUUGAGUGAGAGCAGUGGGGUUUACUUUGACAAGCCCCGCUUGGCUCCAAGGUUAGUGGAGCCGUGCAAUGGUGGUUGCCAAGGCAGUGUGAUUGGCUUCCCUGCCCCUGAGCAAGGUGAAGAGGGCGUGGGUGGUACCACAUCAUCACCACUGGCCUCAGACACGCAAACCUGGCUACUCUUCACCCACCCGACCAAUAAGAGGAAGAGGAAAGACUUGGGGGUGUAUUUGAACCGUUCCCCACUGCACACAUCAUGUUGGGACCGGCCCUGGAUCGUCCACAGUGGACCCAGUGGCUACUCAGACCUGGCCUACAGUGAGGACACUGAGCACUUUGCUUGCCUGAUGGAAUGUGGGGAGAAUAGUGAGCUUGAACAGAUUGCCUUUGUGUCUUUUCCCCUAAGUGAUGUCAUGCAGACCAUUGACGUGAAAGAAAAUACCUUCUAGUUUGUUGUUGGGUUUUUAUUUCAGUACUUCACUCCAAUUCCAAUCAGAUUCAGUGGUCAGUAGAUGCACAAUAUCAUCUUUAUCCUCUAUUGAUAUAAAAAGCAGUCUGAAAAUAAUGAAAUAUAUAUCAGUUGUUUUGUGUAAAAAAAAGGCAACUGACACUACAACUUCUUGAAAUACAAUCAUAGUUAAAUCAAAUGUAAUAUAAUCUGUAGGUGUGAUCAUUUUAUGAAGUCUGACUAUAUGGACUGCAGUGCAUGCUGUCGUGGGAUGCUAAUCUCUAAGCAGUGGUCUAUUUAAAUGGCAUACCUUUGUUACUUGCAGUUCUACAAUGUAACUCACCUCUACAUUGAGUCAUGGUUUCUGCUCGUAUCAGAUUUCAGUUCUGAUACAGGAAUUACGAUUAUGACUAAAAUUGUUAACCCCAAUACUGAUGAUGACUGUGUGAACUGUGUUAGGGUUAUCAUUAUAAACCCACUAACAGAGGGGGUGAGUUAGAAACUGCUGAGACAAACAUUCCAGGAUGAAGGGGACUGAGAAACUGGUUAAAGGCCUCCUAAAGGUUGGCGGAGCAAAGUGCCUUUGUGUGAAGUGGUAUAAAAGCUGUAUAUG